UCUUCGUGAACUGCAUUCUGUACAUUCACUUUUAGAAACACAUGAUAAGUAGAGAAGAUCCGAACCGAAGUGGAUCACCCGGGACCCAUUCAUUGAUUCAUUGGUUUUAAGGAAUAAAAGGGCACUCCCAAGCCUUGCCUAUCUCAUCAUUCCCAGAGGAGUCGUCUUCGUCAUCUUCAUCUUCAUCAUCAUCGUGACUGAGCCUUUGCUUCCAAACUCCCGCCUCCCACCUCAACACGCACCACUUGAUUCCUCCUCUUACGUCCCCAUGUCUAAUCAUGAGGUUGCAGAGCUAACCUGGGAAAAUGGUCAGCCAGUCAUGCAUGGGCUUGGUGGGCUCCUAGCAACGGCCCACCAAAAGUCCACAUGGAUCAGGGCCCAUGAUACGCUGGAGUCUAUUGUUCAACAAGCUGCAUGCCAACGUCCAAAAUCAAAUUUCCUUAGUAUGCCACAGGAUUGGACUCCAACCAGUAUAAGCUCUACCGUUGCACCCUCUGGCGGGACAACCAUGCCUCCUGAUGUAUCCGGCCGAGCACAAUCAGAGCCGACAUUGAAGAGGAAGCAGGUUCAGUCGGAUUCCGGCUACCUUGACACCAAUGGCUUAGAAGAAUGUGAACCCAGCAGUGGAGGUUGCGCUAGUGUCAGCGCCUUUAGAAGCUUGAAGAGAAGUAAAACUCUUGAGGAUGAUUCGCAUUCUCACUGUGAAUCGUCAGUCUGUGCUUCAAAGCCGGUGAAACGUUGCAUGCUACGCAUUGAUUUUGUUUUCCUGGGAAAACCAAGAGCAAGACGAAGACAGAGAUACCAAAGAAGAAACAGGCCGUUCCAACCCAACAAGAAGGAACCGAGCAGCGGCUGCUCAUAACCAGAGUGAGCGGGUAGUAGAUGAAGCUUCCUGCAUCACUUUAAAUCUAACACAGGAAAAGGAAAAAAAAAAAUUAUGAGAUGAAGUUGUUUCGUUUUCGUUAAAAUAAUUUACUGAUAAUACAUAAGAAAAUCGCCCCUUUUCUUUUCUUGUUUUACUCAGAGACGAAGGAUAAAAUUAAUCAGAAAAUGAAAGCUUUGCAGAGGUUGGUGCCCAACGCCAGUAAGAAUGACAAAGCCUCAAUAUUAGACGAAGUGAUUGAAUAUCUAAAACAGCUCCAAGCACAGAUACAGAUGAUGAGUAUGAGAAACAUGCCCCAGCAGAUGAUGAUGCAGAUGAUGCAGCAACAGGUUCAAAUGUCUAUGCUGGCCGGAAUGGGUCUUGGGCUGGGCUCAGGCCCGAGCUCCGGCCCAGGCUUGGGCCUGCUUAACACCAACACCGCCAUGGCUGCACGACCACCAGUUCUUUCUUCUCUUCCACAACUCACAGUUGCAGCUCCAGCUAUUGCCGCUCCUUCAUGAUGCCUGCAUUGAUUCAAGCUCAUGCUCAUCCUCCAAAGCCUGCACCUGCAUCUGCAGCCAUCACCAAUCCUUCAGUUUCUUUGCCUGAUCCUUAUACCACUUUCCUUUCACAAUCAGUGAAUGUGGAUAUUCUGAACAGCAUGGCGGCGCUUUACCGGCAAGAGAUGAGACGGAACAAUCAGAGCACGGGCAGCAUGCCCCAACAACAUCAUGGACAAAGGAAUUGAGAAAGAUAUCAGAAAUGGAAACACACCGAUCAAUGAUGAGGGAAACAAAUAAUUGUAUAUACACCCAACAAACAAGUUUAAAAUGCAGCUAUAUAUAUUCUCAUGUUGAUGUAUCAGACUGUCGAUUCUAUGUAUAAAUCAGUUCUAUUUACAUAACAAGUCUUUUUCUGCUAA